UCUUGUUCCGCCUUAGAAAGCGGCUCGCUGCCACAAUCUUUCGGGAGGUGGCCCAUGUUUCCACAUCUUACGCACAAAGGAUUGCCCCACACGAAGCGAUAAAUGGCCGCGCCAUUGACGAAGUCGUUCGUGGACGAGGCGGGAUCGAAGUUCUGUGGUCCUAGGGAUACCGUACUAGGAUCGGCAUGCCGCUCAAAGGCCCAUGGCGGUCGAUGGCUGUCUGCGCCAGUCGCUAUCGCCUGUGACGAAUGUUCAAGACGCCUCCACGGCAGCAGCAUACGCGCGCUCUUUUGGGGAACUCCGCGACUACUCGAUGGCAUCGAUUCAAAUUCCUGUAAAAAACUGGCGUCAGCAAACGAAUGACAAAAGUUCGAGCGGGUCACUUACCGUGCCUGGUGUCUCUCGAUAUUGCUCCAGCAUGAGACGUGGUGUCGCAGAGCUGGCCACUGUCCGCCAACUGCCAUGAUUGCCUGCAAGAUCCCGAGAACUUGGACUUCCGUGUUUAUCGACCACAUUUCGGGUUCCAUCCUCGAACCGUUCCUCACCGUCGGAAGUUGGUGCCUUGCUCACGUUGUGGAAGCCAAGGAUUCUCGUCAUCACUUCCUGUGAAGGGUGACCCCAUCUGC